UUGCUCUCUAUUACAGUAUUGUCACUGCAAGUGGACGUACAAUGGAGGGAGCGUUUGGUGCUACCUGGGCAAAACGCAACAUUUUUGUGUCGAGUUGGAGUCCCCCUUCAGUACUGCAGAAUCGAAAUUCCAGGACUAAAGACAUACAACUUGAAACAAAGUUCGAGAGAUGACUUUGUUACAUAUUAUGGCAAUGGAUUGAAGUCGGGCGAAUGUGGCGUGACGAUAUACAGGGUGGAAGAGAAGAACAACGGCAAUGUAAAAUGUACAUUGGGAUUAGAAGACGACUCAACGGAAUAUGUUGGGACAAUGCAACUGGUAGUAGCGAAGCCACCUCAACCGCCAGAACUGGAUCUUAGUAGAGGUACAGACUCCGUGAGAAUAUACAAAGUAGGCGACGUAUUGGAGGCAUCAUGCAUAGUCAAGGAUGGCAGGCCUGUGGCAAACAUAAGCUGGUUUUUAGACGAUGAUCCUAUCAACCAAAACAUGCUCAAAAUGCCAACUGUGGUUGACUUAGCGAAAGAAAAUCUACAAUCCAAGAUACAGAAUCUGACACUGGUUCUGCAUCCGAUUCAUAAUGGAAAGUUUUUGAAGUGCGUGGCCUUCCAUCCUGCCUAUCCUGGAGGACACAGUGAAACCAAACGUAUGCUGGAUGUGAGGUAUGCUCCGGAACCAGCUGAAGAGCCGUUGGACAAGUUUGGCUACCAAAUUGGAAGACUAGGCGUCAUCAACGUGACAUUUAGAGCCAAUCCAAGACCGAAGAUUGAAUGGAGCGUCGCUGGGGAGAAAAUUAGAGAAGGGUACACUGAUAGUACUGGCAGGAUGGAAGCAGAAGAGUUAAAAGAUCUGGGUCGAGGACUUUACGUAGCGAAUCUGAGGAUAGCAGCCAUAAGAAAAGAAGACACAGAGACUGACUACAUCCUAACAGCUUACAAUGACUUGGGACCUCAAGAUUACAGAGUAAAAAUCUCCACGAGUCCUGAACCUGCAGGACUAGACUUGGGCGUGGGUGCUAUUAUUGGCGUGGUAGCAGUAGCUCUGAUUGUCAUAUUGUUGUUGUCCAUCUUGAUCUUCGCCAAAGUUACCGGAAGGUGGUGCUUCAGCGGCGGCGCCACCGUGAUCGACUACACGGCGGCAGGUGGCGAGAACGGCCACCAGGGUCGUGCGCAAGGGGUGGAAAACCCCCACCACCAAGUCUCUUCCGAGUACAUCAACGGAAAUGACUUGCCAAUCAAGAAGGACGAAAAGAUCGAUACGGCCGUAUAAUCUACGAGGUUCUAGAUAGGGGGGUGGACGUGGCAAACAGUGAGGAUGAAUAUGGAGGGAUGUGACGAUUGAUAUAAUGGGCGGGACUUGUGAUGUGUUGAUAUUUGUUAUGUUACGUGCAGGGCGGGGAAUUGGGAAUUUUCAGUUCGCCAUCAAGUUAGUGAAAUCGUGAAACUAAGGCUGAAAAAAUAGAAUGCACGAUGUUUGUCUUGGAUAUACUAUUUUUCGUCAAUUAUGAUUUAUUUAACCUUCAUAAAAAGUUAUUUUGUAAAUGGCUGAAGCACUAUUAUUUUAUCACUAUCACUGCCGUCGCAUUAGAGUGAUACAUCUUUUUUACGGUGUGUCAACUGGGGAUCCCAUGAAACAGGAAAUUUUCAUUUUUAGUAUUGUCAUUGUACAUUGUGUAUCUACACUAAAUGGUUGAUUUUGGGCGGCCAUAGAUAAAAUUGUGUAUGUAUCUCGAUAAUGAUAGUCUUUUUCCCCUUACGUGUUAGAUCCGUAGGCCUUACCCAUCCUCUUAACACCUUAGAUAUAUAAAAAACUAUAAUCUGUCAUUCCUUCAGAAAGAGAGGUAGUCAAAUGUAGCUAUUUACGAUGUAGGAGGCAUUGAUAAAAGAAACAUUAUUUCUGCAGAGUGUUGUCAGAAAAACUGAGGUACAGACUCAGUACGUUAAAAUUCGAAGAAAACAUAUGUAUAAAAAUGCUUCGUUUCUAUAAUACGAGUAACUUUAAUAGUUCCUGCAUUCCACGAAAACAGAAUUUUGGUGAAUGUAAAUUUUUAUUUAAUAUCACAUUAACAUGCACAAUGUUUUUUUCUAAAGCACUUCUUAUUUAGCGAACAAACCGCACGCCACUGUUUAUUGCAAAAAAUUACAUCUUGGAGUUUGUCGUUCAGACGCACUGUUUUCAAAAUGAAAAUUAGUUUAUCAAGCUCAAUCUGAUUUCUGGCUACAUUGUGUAACUUCAUGUGUGACAAUAAAAAAUAUACAAAAUACACAAAUCAAAAAAGCUUCAAUAAAUCGAUUAAUCUCAGUCUCGUUGAAAAACUAAUAAUAAUAUAGUUAAUAGUUUUGGUAAAUUGUCCCCUAUCAGCUUUGCCAUGAAGUUCUCCGAGUACAACUAAUAUAGUCUCUCUCUGUGCUCAAGGAACAUACAAGACCUGUCCAGCUUAUUUACCAUUGUAUAUCUUACGCUCUAAUGUUCCGCAAGGGUAAAACAAGAAACUUCACGCAACGACCCAGCCGUUUGAAUCUGUACGAUGCGGUAGCGUAGAAGUUCUAGCUCCAUACAAAACCAAGACAAACAUUCGUAGCAUUCGUAUUUGUCUGCAAUGUUGGCAAUGGUCGCCAGAAGCGACUGAGUUCAGCCGCAGCAGCCCAGGACGCUAGCUGAAACUUCCCCGUCAUAAAUUCCACCGAUUUAUGAUUCUCGGUUGGAACUUUUCAAAAUGAUCGCACUUUGAGUUUGGCACCGACGAUUACGUUACUUUUAUCCUAUAUGAGCGGUGAAUUUGUCUAAAUGUGUAAUAAUUCAUGAUGGAUCGUACUUCUUCACUCAAUUUUGCGACAUACUUUGGGUCAGUAGAAUCUAACACAUUUUUUUUGUUACGGCUACAAUACGUAAAGCGAAGCAUCCCAUACAACUUGAAAAAAAUAAUAAUAUAAUUAUUCGACUGGAGCACCAGAUGGCAUCUCUUACCACCACCAAAUAUAAAGUGCUGAUAGGUCGACAUCAAAUAGGUACAUCAUCUCAUUUAGUAAACAAGAACUUGAGAGAUAGGAGAAAUGGGCACCGACAGGAUACGAACCGGCAUGUCCCCCAACCAAUUAAUCUACAGCUACCAACUAACUUACAGAAUCGACUGUUGGUGGCAAAUUCAAUCCUACCCAAGCCUCUGCUCCUUUGUACCCUCAAGCAGCCCCGGUGGCCACAUCAGACGGCGUUCAAGUAAAAAAACCGGCUGAUACUGUAGUAGUAUACUAACAGGUUAGGUCGACUCCAGGGUACGGAGGAGAUGCGGGUUCGAAUCCCGCCAGCGCCCAUUUUUCCUAUACCUCAAGUUGUUCACUAAACUUACCCACUGUUGCGAAUGCGCUCAUCCAAAAAAUCCUAUACAGGUUACGGGUCUCGCACGGUGGCACCGUGGUGUGUACCCACGAGGCGGCGUGGUGUAACUUGAAAGCGAUUGUUAGUUACCUUACCAAUCUGGUUGUUUCACUUGAACGCCGACAGAUGGGGCACCAAGGCAGCUUGAGAGAUCAAAGUAUGGCGUGGGGAGGAUUGAAUUUGACUCUAGCAGUCGAUCCUGAAAGUUGAUUGGCAAGUGGUUCUGUAGACUAAUUGGUUAGCUCGACUCUACCGAAUGCUUACUGUUGUUGUGGAUGGGCUCGUCUAACAAUCGUAUUCAGUCAAAGGUGGCCUAGUUGCCAAUUUUCGCUUCUCCACUACUACUAGUGAUUCAAUUAAAAAGAUUUUCUAGCAGGGACUAAUUGAUGCCGAAAUGCAAUGAAGCAAGCUAUUAUUGAAGUAAUAAUGUCUUUUUUAUUAUUUGGGCAUCGUCUAAAUAACCACCGCUGCUUCGCACGGUGGUACGGAUCUGAAAUGUCUAGUUUUUAAUGACUAUACUGUAUAAAUUUGGAGUUUUAGCCUGGUUUAUGAUUACUUUGAGGGCGUUGCUUGGUUGCGACUGAUAUGCAAGUUUACAGAAUCCCACAAAAGCUCUGAUAAGAAUAAAUCCACCAAACCAACUCACGUGACCUCUAUAAGAGAUAACCUUACACAAAUAGUUCAUCAAAAAUGAUCAUUAUCAUCAUCACUAUGUGGUGUGCUAGAAUCACAUGUCAUGUAGGUCUACCUAUAUGGUCAAUUCAGACCAAAAUGUCGAAAAAAUACGGACCAAUAAUGCGUUAACAAAUCGCCACGCAACAAUUUUUUGUGGGAUUGCAUUGCAAGUGGUAGAUAUUUGGAGCGAUGAGCGUAUCAUUGAAAAAUACACCAUUCUAUGUGCGUAUACAACUAUGCUUGUAUGUAUCUGUAGACUGUGUAAGCCAAGGAGACAAUGUUUAAAAUAGCAAAUAUUACAUCAAUUAGAUCUCUUAGAUAUACGCAAUGCCUAUAACAGAGACUUUCGAAUAAUUAGAAAAGAUAGAUAUGUAUUAUUCAUAUGCGAUAAGUACCACGACAAACUUAAGGAGAAGGUAGGCUUUGGACUGAGUUCCCAAAUAACAAAAACUUACCUAUAUAAAAGUGUCACCGUUUUUGAAAUAUUGCAUUUUUUCUUAAAUUUUAAAAAACGAACCUUUUCAUCUGUGGUCUUUAGCUGCAUGUACAAAUAAGGUUAUACUUUGAUCAUUUCUUUUAUAAAAUACUUCUAGAUAGUUGCUUUAUCAUAUACAAAUGCAAUGUAGUUAAAACAUAUUAAGGAACCAUGAUAAAAUAAGGACUGUUUUGGGAUUCAUAGCCUUCUGAUAUGUUUUCCUAUAUAUCCAGGGUGACUUUGAAGUUGAGUCAUUAAUUUUCAGAUAAUGAUUGUAGAAGGAAGAUAAACCAAAAUAUGUGUGUAAAAAUAAAAAAAAAAUAAAAAAAAAAAUGUUACCUUGUUUAAUAAAGUAUCCUCCCGACAAGUAUUUUAGUGCCGACCUGUAUUUGAUCGUGCGGUCUUGGAGCACCGGCAUGCCCUCACCUGUGAGGUUUUAAGUCACCUGAUUCACGAGCCCUUUGUACUACAUUAACAAAGGCACGAGGGGUUGGUUGCACUCGAUUGGGAAACCGAUUCGCAUAAAUCCGUGAUGCAUCCGGCAGCAUUUUGUAAAGACUGCCCCCCCGUAAAUAAGAAUCAUGUCCACAAGUUCAGCAUUUUCGUAAACAUGUGCCAUUUUUCAUUUCGUUUGAGUCACGCAACAAACACCACUAUUCACUCACGCGUUAUAUAAAAUAAAAGCAUUGCUCAUUGAAUACAGAUUUCAGAAAGGCGCCACACGUACUAUUUGAAAUAGAAAAAAGUGAUAGCUGCUUUUGUAAGUGACUGACACACAGUACAAUGUAAUUAUUGGAUUUAAAUUCAAGUUGCACUCGUUACUGAUCAGUGACGUGCUAAAUAGUACAAAGCUACAGUCCUUAUUUAUCAUGGUUCCUUGAUAUCUUUUAACUACAUUGCAUUUGUAUAUUAUAAAGCAACUAUCUAGAAGUAUUUUAUAGCAAAAAUGAACAAAGAAUAACCUUAUUUGUACAUGCAGCUAAAAACCACAAAUGAAAAGGUUCGUUUGUUUAAAUUUAAGAAAAAAAUCAAUAUCUCAAAAACGGUGACACUUUUAUAUAGGUAAGUUUUUGUUAUUUGGGAGGUCAAUCCAAAGCCUACCUUCUCCUUAAGUUUUUCGUGAUACUUAUUGGACACCCUGUAAUCAAAGUUAUACUUUGAAAUCGAUUAGGAAUAUUUCUGAAAUAUAAUAAGACAUUCUGGAAACAAAAUCAACCCAUUUCACUGAAUUUAUUCAGCAUCGUCCGCAUUGUCAAUACUAUACACAUGUGUUCUUAAUACUUCCUCUUACUGUACUUUCUAAUUUGAUAUAUGAUUCUAUUAGGCAAGUAAAACUUGGUAAAAUAACGCGCUGACAGCUGCAUAUUACGAUACGACAAAAGUUAACUUACCUGAGCGAUUUCAAGUGACAUGUCUCAAUUAGACAACCUUGUUUGCAGAUACAGCACUCGACGGAAUAUGUUUUUUCAUCUUUGAACAAAAGAAACCCUAGUCCAACGAUUUUCUUAUUUUUUUGCGCUCCUAGCCAUAUUGUGUUAAUAGUUAUGUAACUUAAACAGUGACAUUGUCUUUUUUUAUGUAAGUUUUCCUACAAGACUUCAACUUGAAACUAGCAGUCGUUCACUUCUUGCUCACGUGUAGCAAGCGCGGAAUAAACUAUAUGCACUCUAGCCUACUUAGUCAACAAGUUGUCCUUUUAUCGGUUUUUUUUUACGUCAUUACCCUACGGUUUACUAAUGCUUUGACGUUUGCGGGUAAACCUAACCUCAUUUAUGUUAUUCUAUUCAUUGUCUACGCCAUUGUUUAUAUUGUAUACGUAUUAUGAAUACAAGCUUUAUAUUUUUUACGCAUUGUCUACAUCCAAAUGUAACGCAUUACCUACAUCCAAAUGUAGACAAUUAAAAUAUACGCGUAAACGCCCAUCACUGGAUUCUUGGCAAUAAUUUACCGAUAUCCUCAAAGUGGACAUAACCCAGAGCUCUUGACUGAUGGUACUGCACGACGCACAUUUUAAUGAUUCCAUAUUUCAUACAUAAUGAGACAUACAUGAGCCCUCCAAAUAAAAAAUAAAUUCGUCAUUUCCUCAUGCACCGCCUGUUUUAUUUCACUUUUAUACCUGAAGUAAAAUUGAGUGAAAAAGAAUCUCUUCAGAUAAAAGUUACAGAUCGUCGUCAGAUUACGUCGUGUCGUGUGACGCGCCAAGGAAAUAGUUUGUUGCUUGAUAAGAAUCGGUUAUAUUAUCAACUUUUUGUAUUGCGGUGAUAUAUUUUAUUCGAAUAAUUAUUAAAACUUAUUGAAAAUGUUUGUGUAAGGAUGAAAUGAAAAUACAGUAAGGUCAUCCGUGUGAUUUUCGAUAAUGAGCAAAAUGCAAAUGUGUAGCAAAUGCAGUCUUGGCAUUCCUAGAUUGUACUUUUAUAAUUUCUGAGUCAAAAUAAUCAAAAAUGAAAAACAAAAUUAGAAAGUCUACGGGUGAUCUGACAAAUACAUGUAGAAUCGUUUUUGAGCCCGAUACAUAAUUAUGAUUGGACUUACCCUUUGAUUUUGAUCAACUUACUGUAUUUUACCUUGAAACAUCUUUUUACUAAAUAUUUAUGAUGUUAAAUUAGAAUUUCAUCAACUAAUUAAAAAAAUGUGUGUUGAUGAAACCCAAAAGAAUAUAAAAUUAAAUGACUGCUACUUUGUUAGAUUAGACUAUCAACAAAAAUGUCUAUUAGAAGUUAUUGUGUAAAUAAUACAUUAAAAAACAAAUAUAUAUGAAAAUUGUGUUAAUAUGGAGAUUCUAACGUAUAUAUUUAAAUGUAUAUGUACCGUCUCAUUGUAAUAAUUGUUCUGCUUGUUGCUAAAUUGGGAAUGAGGUUGCUAUUUUGAACACGCCCGGAAGUUUAAGAGUAUAAUGGCAGAUACACUGCAGUAUGGUCCAAACCAAAACUUUUCCAUCAGCCGACAUUAAUACAAGCCUACCACGUUUUGAGAUUCCUAUUGAUUUUACUGGUACUUACUUCAAUUGGAAAACACCUUAGAAAAAUCUUAUGCCAUGGCCAUUAAAACUACUAUAUAUAAUUGUCAAUCAAAAUAUUUUUUAUUCAUUUCAUCGGGAAAAGUAUUGUCAUAGAUUCAUCAAAACACGAGUAUGUCCGAAGUUGACAUUGAAAUUUCUUUUCUGCACUGUUUUGCAAAUGUGCUGGUUAUUGGUUGUUCUUACAUUUUUCCUAUUAUUACUAUUAUCGAAGGUAUGAAUUAAUAACAAUUUACUCACUUUAUAAUCGUUUAGGAUAUGUCACACAAAGUACCAGGCACAAAGUAUAUGGAACUUGACCACAGGUCCAUUUUAAAGAAAAUUCAUGUAGUGAUGAUCAAAUGUUCCAGUAGGCGCAAGGACUAGACAUGGUUUCUAUUGGACCUACAGGGUGUUCAGACUUGAUGCCUUAACACCUAUGGGUAUGCCUGCCUGCCCAACUUUAGGCAAACUAACUUGUCUUCAUUAUACUCAGGGAACUUAGCGAUAUAAUAAUAAUCACGUAGACACCUACAAUAUAUCCAGGAUGGAAAAUGGAAAGUUGCUUAAUAAUGUUUAAGAUAUUCAAACAUGACUUGCGCAAAAAGAUUGACAUCUUAUAUCUCUUCUAUUUGAAAUAUACAGGGUGGCACUAAAAACUAGUUCUUUAAAUGGAUCACCCUGUAUUAUAUUAGAUAUCUGGAAAGACCUGUUGAAAAUAAACAGUUUAUAUGAUACACUGUAGGACUUUGAUCCUAAUUUGCUUAGUUAUUUUAUCAUUUGUCUAAGGAAAUGCCUAUCCUUGAAGGCUUUGACUUCUGUGAUUUGGUGUUUUUCACUGAAUUUUGGAAAGAAGAUGAAAAAGUUCGCCGUCAUUAUCAAGGUGCUGUAAAAUGCAAAAUGUUGUUUUCUCAAAAAUUUUAAAUCGAACAUCCGAUAUAUUUUUACAACAUUCGCAUUUUAUAAGUUUUUUCUGAUAUAUAGUUUAAUAAUGCUUUAUUAGAACGGUUGCCCACCUAUACGUAGUAAAAUAUAAGUUUUUUAUUAAGAAAAUAUUUGUUGGGUCACGGAAUUGUGCAACACCCUGUAUAUCUCCAAAUAAUUUAGAAAUACACUUUUAUAAGAUGUCAAUGUUGCUGCGUAAAUCGUUUUCGAAUAUCUUUUAUAGUUUUUCCAUUGAAUUAGAUUUCAUUUUCUUUGGCACGCCCUGUAUAUAUUGAAUGUGUGAACGUGGUUUUCAUUAUAUCUCUAAGUCUACAAUGAAGACGAACUAGUUUUCGGUGCAGGCUAGCUUACCUACAGGGGCUAAGACCCCAAACUUGAAUGCACUCUCUCUCCAACAGAAAGCAUUUCUGGGCCUUGCGCCCAUUGAAAUAUUUGAUCAGCAAUUCCAUCACUAUACGAAUUUUCAUUAAAAUUGACCGGUAGCCAAAUCCCAUAUGUUUUGUGUCUGGUGCUACACUCUCCACCAAUAACGAAAUGAUAGUAUUCAAGGUUAAAAAAAAUGAAGCAAAGGCAAAUGAAUAUAUCUUUUGCAUCCAACACGUCAUAAUUUCAGGAAACUCAAGUAUCACGAUAUACAUCUUUAUAUCUGAAGCAAGUUUUAUCUUUUCUCAAUGUACAUAACAUGUAGCUAAUCAUGUAGAGCUCUUUCAAAUUCUGAUAAUUCUCGUAGAAUCUGGCUUUUUACCAACAUUUGCCUUUGUCUCAGAUAGUUUUCUUGAUACAGUGACAUUUCAGAUGAUCUUUUUACUGCCAUAAAAUGAAGGCUAAACAAGUUAGUGAAUAUCAUUUUUAAUUGUAAGUUGAACAUGUGAUUUUUUCGAGAUGUACCUUUUAGAAUGACGAUGGCAACUGGCUUCACAUUCCAUAAACAAGAUUGUUUUUUAUUUGCAUCCGAAAAGGUAUUCUUAUGAUUUGUUUUGUGUAAUAUAUAUAGGACAAUAAUUGUUCAUUUUGCUCCUUUUACAUUUUAAGUAUUCUCAUCUAUUAUUCCUAAAUGUGUAUGUAUUUUUGCUAUUUUUUAUUCUAUGUAGAACGCAUUUACCAUUUUUUAUAGUUAGUAAUAUUUAUAUAUGUGCGUUACUUCUGUGUAUCAAUUCAGUGAUGUCUGUGGAUCUCUGAUCUCUGAUUAAAUUGGUCAAUUUUUUCGCUGAUUGUUGGCAGAAGUGAUGCCUAGAUCGGUCUUGACAAAAUUUCUGAUUAAUCUUUUAGUUUUUUUUAAUGUUCUCCAGCAUAACUAGAACUCAAUGAUGACUCUAAGGAGAUGCUAUUGGAUAGAUGUAAACGCUGUCCAGGAACACGUAACCAAUUUUUCGGGCAGUUCCUCUAGUAUGAAAACUUACAACUUAUUACAAACUGUUUAUCCUGUAUGCGAAAUUAACGGGCUUACGCUUAUCUCUUGAGGCUUCUACUUGACAAGUGAUUUGUAGAAUAAUCUGUACGAUGUUCAAAACUUAUUCAAGUAAAGCUUAUUUCCUGUGGCGCCCAAAGGGUUGAACUUUUUCAUAAAAACUUUUAACAAACUGAGAAAUAGUUAACAUUUUUAGGAACACCAUGUAUUUAUUUCUUGGACUAUAUUAGAUGUAAACGAUAAUUUGGCAGUACUAAACCGGUUAAUGCAAACGAUUGCCAAUGAAAAAAUUACGUUCACAUUUCCGUUGUACUAUUGGUUUGGUUUGAAUAAGGUGAGAUUAUUGCUUAAACUUUUUUGCUCUGAGACACAACUUUAGCGUGAAAAAAUUCUGGUAAGCUCGAUUACAUACUAUAAUUUGUCAAAAAAACUGCUUGCGCGUAAAUACUUAUUAAGUUUCAAUGGAAAAGAUAAAUACAAAAUCAAAGCAUAUCUGACUGUUAGAGCUUUUCACAUCUCCCAUCAUGCAACAUUGAUCUACAUCUUUCGUCUAGUUAUUUAUUUUGGAAUCUCAACUUUUUUAACAGAAAAUUUGGAAGACCGAGGUUUUUAUUGCAUAAGGUCAUGAAUUAAUGUAAAAACUUUUGUAUGUUGAAUGUAC